AUGGCUGAUGAAUUGCCAUACAGAUCAAAAGGCGGCGCGGACGGAGGUGCACGAGAUGAUGAGAAUGACGACGACGACGAUGAGAUCGAUGAGACGGGCUACAAGACCGUCAAAGAUGCCGUCCUCUUUGCCAUCGAAGUCAGCGAGUCUAUGCUGAGAGUGCCACCAGCAUCUUCCUCCAAGAAGGGCGACAGGAGCUCUCCCCUUCUGGUAGCUCUCAAAUGUGCAUAUCAUUUGAUGCAGCAGCGCAUCAUCUCGACGCCCCGUGAUAAAAUGGGUAUCUUGUUGUAUGGCACAGAGGCUUCCAAGUUUUAUGAUGAGGAUGAGAACUCCCGGGGUGGCUGGUCCUUUCCGCAUUGCUACUUGCUCACCGACUUGGAUGUUCCAGAGGCUGAUGACGUUAAGGCACUGAAGGAAUUGACAGAGGCUGAGUCUCCAGAGUCUGCCGAAAUCUUCAAGCCGUCGAAAGAACCGGUGCUGAUGCACAAUGUCCUGUUCUGCGCAAACCAGGUUUUCCAACAGAAAGCCGCCAACUUUACAUCGCGGCGGCUCUUCAUCGUCACCGAUAACGAUGAUCCUGCCUCCUCCAACAAAGGGUCUCGUUCUCAAGCAACUGUGCGAGCGAAGGAUCUGUACGACCUGGGUGUGACCAUUGAACUAUUCCCCAUAUCGACACCAGAACACUCUUUUGACACGUCCCUUUUCUACAACGACAUAAUCUACAAAUCAUCACCUUCCGAUCCAGAAGCCAUCGCGUACAAUCCGGCCUCCAUGGUAGGCGGUGACGGUUCCAAAUUGGUGGCUGGCUCCAACGACGGGAUUUCUUUGCUGCAAUCUUUGCUGUCCAACAUAGCAUCCAAAGUCACGCCCAAACGCGCGCUGUUCUCUUCGGUUCCCCUGGAGCUGGCCCCGAACUUCCGCAUUUCUGUCAAGGGCUAUCUGCUGUACAAACACCAAAAACCCUCCCGCAGCUGUUACAUCUACCUGGGUGGUGAGCGCCCGCAAAUCGUCACUGGCUACACGGAGCAAGUCGCCUUCGAGAAUUCGAAGCCCAUUCAAAAGACCGAGAUUCGGAAGGCCUACACAUUUGGAGGACAGAAGAUCACCUUUUCCGACGAAGAGGUCAAGCAACUGCGCAAUUUCGGGGAUCCAGUCAUCAGAAUCAUCGGGUUUAAGCCAAUGUCAAGAUUACCAUUAUGGGCGAACAUCAAGAACUCGACGUUCAUCUACCCAUCUGAAGAGGAUUAUGUUGGUAGCACACGCGUCUAUAGCGCCUUGCACCAGAAACUCUUCGACGAUGAGCUGUUCGCUCUCACAUGGUUCGUCCCAAGGCGAAACGCGACUCCCGUCAUGGCUGCCAUGAUCCCCACUCUUCCUGCCGAAGAUAUCGAUGGUAUGACGAGUGUGGCCGGCAUGUCUGCCACCGGGGCUCCUCAAGGAUUACAUCUAAUACCACUGCCAUUCGCGGACGAUGUCAGACAGAACCCCCCAACGACACACGAGAAGCCCCUGGGCGCCCCGAAGGAACUUAUUGCGGCUAUGAGACCCAUCGUCCAGCAGCUGAAUCUGCCAAAGGGCAUGUAUGAUCCGUCAAAGUAUCCCAAUCCCAGCCUGCAAUGGCACUAUCGCAUUCUCCAGGCCUUGGCUUUGGACGAAGACAUUCCAGAGAAGCCCGAGGACAAAACAAUCCCGAAAUACAAACAGAUUGACAAAAGAGUGGCAAACGAGACCAUAGAGUGGGGAAGAACAUUGGACAAAGUGGUCAAGGAAUAUCAAGCCGACAAUCCUGAUGCGGUUCCUACGGGCUUCAAACGCCCUACAACUACCCCCUCGGUUACGUCGAGUGCCAGCACCAAAAGAGUCAAGUCAGAGACGCACGAUUCAGUUAGCGAGGAAAAGGUCAGAGAGCUAUGGCAGAAGGGUCAGAUCGGGCACUUGACCGUGGCCCAGUUGAAGGAUUUCUGCGCGUCAAAGAAGUUGCCAGUAAUGGGCAAGAAGGCAGACCUUGUUGAGAGGAUUGAAGGAUGGCUUGAAAGCAAAUGA